UUAUAUAAUAUUCGACGUAUUUUUAACGCUCAGUGGGUGGGAUAAUUAUAAGUAGAGAUUAUUUUUCGUUGUCUCUUAAAAAAAAAAAUCAAAUCGUGAAACGUUCGCAGGCCAUUUGCUUGGACGAACCAUCGGAAUCAGAGAGGGAGAGAGCUUAGAUCUCACGCGGCGUUGUUUCUUCGGUUUGGAUUUUAAAAUAAAAUGGGGCUGUCAUUUGGGAAGCUGUUCAGCAAGCUCUUUGCGAAGAAAGAGAUGCGUAUUCUCAUGGUUGGUCUCGACGCUGCUGGUAAGACCACCAUCCUCUACAAGCUCAAGCUUGGUGAGAUCGUGACAACCAUUCCCACCAUUGGUUUCAAUGUUGAGACUGUGGAAUACAAGAACAUUAGCUUCACCGUCUGGGAUGUCGGGGGUCAGGACAAGAUCCGUCCAUUGUGGAGGCACUACUUCCAGAACACGCAGGGGCUUAUCUUUGUUGUGGACAGCAACGAUCGCGACCGUGUUGUUGAAGCCAGGGACGAGCUUCACAGGAUGCUCAACGAGGAUGAAUUGAGGGAUGCAGUUCUGCUUGUUUUUGCUAACAAGCAAGAUCUUCCCAACGCUAUGAACGCUGCUGAGAUUACCGACAAGCUUGGUCUUCACUCUCUCCGCCAACGUCACUGGUACAUUCAGAGCACAUGUGCCACCUCUGGAGAAGGACUCUACGAGGGACUUGACUGGCUCUCCAACAACAUCGCUAACAAGGCGUAGAAGGGAGAUAGCGGGAUUCAUCUUUCUUUGCUUGUUUUGUUAUAUACAUCAGAGUAAGGGGUCUGUUUCUCUAGCACUACAAAACGAAACCAAGUUUUUAUUAUGUUAUACAUUCUUCUUCGUCUGUUGUUCUUCAACAAUUUAGUACUUUCCUUUAAUAAAUCAUAAGCCUUUUCUU